CGCCGCUUCUCUUUCACGCGCUGCUGGAAUCGCCGAACUCGAGAGCACCUCACACACCAGGUGUAAACACUGCGGGAACGAGUUGGAUUGAUUCUGUUUGCGCUCCUCUUCUCUUGUGUUGAGCUCAGUUUUUGCUGUAGUGUUAUCGAGUUGGCAGGACCCUUUGCAGGCGAGGCCCCGGACCCCGUGGAAGAUGGCCAGCGCAUUGCUAGGAGAGCACUGAGAGUAGGCCGGCUGCUUGGAGUCCACGCCGUUAAUUAUUGAGCCAAGUGGGGGCGGGUGAGGAGGGGCAACACAGUAAAAGCCCUCUGUUGCUCUCACACGGAGAGCAGACGGGGGAGAGAGAAGGGUUACACACACAUACACGAGUCGAGCACUCUGGAGAAACAGGAAAUUGGAGGGCUGCGUCUUCAUCUGGAGGGGCUCCUUUUUCUCUGGAAAACCACCUUGAGCGAGCCUCAAGAAGCUCAGCCGGCUUCGCUGACCUGCGCUCGAGAUGUUUGCGGUGCACUUGGUCUCGUUUUUCUUCUCCAAGCUGAAGGAGGACCAGAUUAAAAAGGUCGACCGGUUCCUGUAUGCCAUGCGUCUCUCUGACGACCAGCUGCUGGACAUUUCCGCCCGUUUCCGUGCAGAGAUGGUGAAGGGGCUCUCGGCGGAGAGCAACGCCACGGCCACCGUGAGGAUGCUGCCCACCCACGUACGCUCCAUACCCGACGGAUCAGAGAGGGGCGAGUUCCUGGCCUUGGACUUGGGGGGCUCCAAGUUCAAGGUGCUGCGGGUGAAGGUGUCCGAGAACGGCAAGCGGAAGGUGGAUAUGGAGAGUGAAACGUACCCCAUACCCGAGGAGGUCGCCCACGGCAGAGGCACAGAUCUUUUCAACCACGUGGCCGAGUCCCUGAGGGAUUUCAUGCAGAAGAUUGAUGUUAAUCAGAAGAAAAUGCCCCUGGGAUUUACAUUCUCCUUCCCCUGCAGGCAGUCCAGACUGGACGAGGGUGUGUUGCUGUCAUGGUCUAAGAACUUCAAAGCGCGGGGGGUCCAAGGAACUGACGUGGUGGAGUCUUUAAGGGAGGCCAUUGACAGAGUGGGGGAUAUAGAUGUGAACGUCCUGGCACUUGUUAAUGACACCGUGGGAACCAUGAUGACCUGCGGGUUCGAUGAUCAGCGCUGUGAAGUUGGGCUCAUCGUUGGUACGGGUACCAACGCCUGUUACAUGGAAGAGAUGAGGCACAUCGACCUGGUGGAAGGAGACGAGGGCCGCAUGUGCAUCAACACCGAGUGGGGGGCCUUCGGAGAAGAUGGAGCUCUGGACGACUUCAUCACCAGCUUCGACCAGGAGAUCGACGCCGCAUCCCUCAAUCCUGGGAAGCAGCUGUUUGAAAAGAUGAUCAGUGGUAUGUAUAUGGGAGAGCUGGUCAGGAUCAUUCUGCUGAAGAUGGCCAGGAGUGGCCUCCUGUUUGGGGGUCGCGUAUCUGAUGCUUUGUGCACCAAGGGGAAGCUGGAGACCAGACACGUAGUGCUGAUGGAAAAGUACAAAGAGGGCCUGCAGAAUACGAAGAACAUCUUGACUGACCUGGAUUUAACACCCACCGAGGAUGACUGCGUGGCCGUCCAGCACGUCUGCACCAUCGUUUCCUUCCGAUCAGCUAACCUGUGCGCCGCGGCGCUGGCUGCCAUCCUCACCCGCAUGCGGGAGAGCAGGAAGCUGCAGACCCUGCGGACAACGGUGGGCGUGGACGGAACUGUCUACAGGACUCACCCCCAGUACGCCAAGCGGCUGCACAAGGUGGUCCGGCGUUUAGUGCCCGAGUGCCAUGUGCGCUUCGUGCUGUCGGAGAGCGGCAGCGGGAAGGGUGCCGCCAUGGUGACAGCGGUAGCACAGCGGCUGCUGGCCCAGCGACGGGAGGUGGAUCAAACGUUGGCUCCCUUUGUCCUGAUGGCCAAGCAGUUGUAUCAGGUGCGGGACCGCAUGAGGCGGGAGCUGGAGAACGGCCUGAGGCUGGAGACACACGCCACCGCCUCGGUCAAGAUGCUGCCCUCCUACGUAUACAACACACCCAGUGGGAGAGAGCACGGAAACUAUCUGGCGCUCGAUCUCGGUGGAACCAACUUCCGUGUGCUUGUGGUCAAGGUCCGGAGCAGCCGGCGCAGGUCUGUCCGCAUGUACAACAAGAUCUACGCCAUCCCCCUGGAGAUCAUGCAGGGAACUGGAGAGGAGCUGUUUGACCACAUUGUUCAGUGUAUCUCGGACUUCCUGGACUACAUGGGCAUGAAGAAUACUUGUCUUCCACUGGGGUUUACCUUCUCGUUCCCUUGCAGACAGACCGGGAUCGACAAGGGAACCUUGGUCAGCUGGACCAAAGGGUUCAAAGCUACGGACUGUGAAGGAAAUGACAUGGUGGAAAUGCUGAGGGAAGCCAUCAAAAGAAGAAAUGAAUUUGACCUCGACAUUGUGGCUCUAGUGAAUGACACAGUGGGAACCAUGAUGACAUGUGCGUAUGAAGACCCCAAAUGUGAAAUUGGCCUCAUUGUCGGAACGGGCUGCAAUGUGUGCUACAUGGAGGAGAUGACGAACAUCGAGACAGCGGAGGGAGACGAGGGCCACAUGUGCAUUAAUACGGAAUGGGGCGGUUUUGGGGAGAACGGAGAGCUGGAUGAUAUCCGCACUCGGUUCGACAGAGAAGUGGAUGAGGGCUCCCUCAAUGUCGGGAAGCAAACGUUCGAGAAGAUGACAAGCGGCAUGUACCUGGGUGAGAUCGUCAGGCAGAUCCUCAUUGACCUGACUAGACGAGGUCUGUUGUUUCGAGGACGCAUCACUGAGCGCCUAAAAACGCCGGGCAUCUUCGAGACCAAGUUCCUGUCCCAGAUUGAGAGUGACCGGCUGGCACUGCUACAGGUCAGGUCCAUCCUGCAGCACCUGGGCCUGGACAGCACAUGUGACGACAGUAUCAUCGUGAAGGAGGUGUGUGGCACCGUGUCCCGCCGGGCCGCCCAGCUCUGUGGCGCUGGCAUGGCUGCUGUCGUCGAGAAAAUCCGCGAGAACCGUGGGCUGGACCGGCUGGAAAUUACCGUCGGGGUGGAUGGCACACUCUACAAGCUCCACCCACACUUCUCCAGCAUCUUGAAGGAGACGGUCGGGGAGCUGGCGCCCAAGUGCAACGUCUCCUUCGUCCUGUCGGAGGAUGGCAGCGGGAAGGGUGCCGCGCUCAUCACGGCCGUGGCGCGUAGCCUCGGCGACAGACCCGUGACCCUUUGAGCCGCCCAGUCGCGUCCGCAGAUGGACGGGGGGCCCGCGGGCCCCGGAGCUUCGCGAGACAGCAGACUCCGUGGAUUCAGCUGUUGGAGUGACGCCGCCGUAGUCAUUUUUGAACACCGAUGUCUUUUUUUGUAUAAAACACAAUAACGUUGAGCUGAAUAUGCAAUCUGUAUUUUGGUCUGCGCUCAAGUAGUAACAUUUCAGUGUAGUAUAUUGAAUUCAUAAAUAUAUCUCAGUAGGAUUGACCGUCAGCUUCAUUUACCUUAAGUGUUUUUUUUUUUUUUUCUUGAGAGGACUGGAAAAAUGAUUCCUUAUAGUGUGCACGUGGCAUUCCAUUUGUCUUGUAUUCAAGGCUAAUAAAAUUCUACAUCGGCAUUUGUACGACAGUCGACGCCGAAUAUAUAGU